AUGAUAAUUAACUCGACACAGGUUUCAUAUUUUAUACUCAGUGCAUACUUUGACACUGGGAUGUUAAAGUACUUAUACUUCACUAUCAUAUUGUGUUUGUAUGUUUUAAUAAUCCUGUCUAAUGUGUUUCUGAUUGUGCUUAUCUGUGUGAACAGGAGCUUACAUGAACCCAUGUACCUGUUUCUGUGCAGUCUGUUUGUUAAUCAACUCUAUGGUAGUACUGGGCUGUUUCCAUUUAUUCUCCUUCAGAUCCUCAAAGACGUUCACACUGUUUCAUUUUCACUGUGUUUUCUACAGAUUUACUGUCUUUAUUCUUAUGUACAAGUGGAAAUUAUCAACUUAACUGUUAUGUCAUAUGACCGAUACCUGUCCAUCUGUUUUCCUCUGCAGUAUCACACUCGUAUGACGCAAAAUAAGAUUGCUGUGCUUAUCACUGUUGUGUGGGUUUACCCUCUUCUUAAAGUUGCUGUGAGACGUUAUAUGACUGUGUCUUUACAGUUGUGUGGGAAUAUCAUUGAUAAAAUCUACUGUAAUAAUUAUUCUAUAGUUAAACUGUCCUGUUCUGACACCACAGUCAAUAACAUCUAUGGACUCAUUAAUGCAUUCAUUUCCAUGUGUGUUCCUGUCAUGUUAAUCCUGUACUCGUACAUGAGGAUCCUUAAAGUGUGUUUUUCUGGAUCUAAACAGACCAGACAUAAAGCUGUCAGUACCUGUACACCUCACCUGGCUUCACUGAUAAACUUUGCUCUUGGUUGUUGUUUUGAAGUCAUACAGAGCAGGUUUAAUAUGAACCAUGUUCCCAAUAUGUUGAGGAUAUUUUUAUCAGUGUACUUUGUAAUCCUUCAACCACCUUCACCCACAACACCAACAGCUGUCAUCUCCAGAAGUUCUCUGAUGGCUCAGCCAUUCAAGACAAAGGAAAUGGUGACUGACAUCCAGAGAAGACCACUACCCUCCAUAGCGGUGAACAUCCAGGGGUCGGACAUUGAGCUGUGUAGUCCUGAAAAGUCUCCGCUUCGAGGACCAAACAGCCCCUCCACCUCCACCCCCACCCCCCCACUUGGCCCUUUCCCUCCGACACCCCUCCGAGAAUUGAGACACCCCUACCCCUUCACCUGA